CACGCUUGCAUCCACGUUUCUCAAAGCCAUGGCAUCAUCGCCCCUGUUUCCUCUCCUCCUCCUCACCUCCUUCAUGGUCCUGCUUCUCAUGGGCACUCCAUCACAGGCCACUUGUGGAGGAUUCCACAAAUCAUGCCGUGACCCGAAAGUACUCGGCGCCACAAGGCUGGUGCUCGAGUGCCAAAGGAGCUCAGGCCGCUUCUAUGCUCCCACGAGCAUCGACUUGGCAUGGUGCCUCCAGGUGAAGCCCGACGGGACGCUCACUUGCAACAACUACGGCGAGUCUUUUUACCCCAACGUUGGGUACUACUCAAAAUGCAGCGAAUUCCAUUUAGAAGCAGAUCUCUUUUUCAAUGAACGCGAUUUCAGUGCAACUUGCAAGGCCAAGGACGGAAGCACUGUGACCAGCACCAUCGACCUCAAAGAUUGCCUCUACAAUGACAACGGAAACAUCGAAUGCUGCAAAGAGUUUCGUCCAAGCUUUGCUUCCACAACCUUUUAAUACGCGUAUACGGUUCUAAGUAGAUACGAGAAUAAUGUGACAGGUGUCACUUCCACAUUGUGCCACGUAAUGAUCUUUGUUUAUAUUACGCUUUCAAAUCGCCUUGCGUGAUUCGCCGGGAGUGAUACCA